AGUUAUAAGUUACAACCAGGGGGAAGAUGCCACCAGUCCGGUCCCAUACACGACUUUCUUGUGACGUAUUAUGCGCGGAGACCUUUUGUGACGUCACCAAGCAUCAAUUCGCUACAUAAACUGUGUUCAGCUUUGAUAUAUAUCAUCAGUACAAUCUCUUUUUUCAAUCAGGUUGUUUCAGGUAAUCUUUUGCCGCAUAGUCUGCCCUAGCUGACGCUGUGCAGAGAAUACUACGAUUGGAAACGGUUGGUUAGACCCGUUCGCACUGCACAAGAAAGCAAGAUGGACCGUAGUGAUGAGAGAAUCAAAAGAGCUUUAAGGCGCCGCCCUUAUGUGUUGAAUCCAGUGAGGGUGAACACCCCUGAUUCUGUGAUGUGGCCAACCGGUAAGGUGCACAGAAGACCAAGGCCUUCUACUUCAGCGCAGACCCCUCAGAUCCACAAAAGGCCUCCAAUCAUUGAGAGCUGUGGGCAGGAACAGACAUCUGGGGAUGGACGGGACAUCAAUCCAGAGCCUCUCAGCCAGUCUGGAAGGGUGACUCGGCUGAUGGAGAGAAAUUAUGAUGGGGUCAUCUCAUCCUCCAACUCUGAUGACAUCUCUAUCUACUCCUUCACUGACUGUGAAUCUGAGUCUGAUGAUGAGGAUCAUGAAAGGAGGACACCACCGCUGAUAGUGAAGGAUGAGGAGGAUGGAAAGGUGACAAAGUUUGAAGUGAGGGAUAUGGUAGAGGACGACAAUCUGUCUCUCCACUCCUUGGAUGAAUCAGACUUUCUGAUUAUUGUGGCCAAGCCCAACAUCCUUCUCCCUGCCUCUGUGAGUGCCCUGAAGAAGGCAUCACGCCUGACGGAGUUGGUCCCUACUGUCCGGCCCUGCAAGGAGCAGCAGGACAAGAAGACACAGUGGACCAACACCAACAAGGAGAGCCUGAGGAGGAUUAAAAAAAACUGGCCUCCAUAGAGCUCGACCUGGAGGAAGGCCUGAAGAAGGUCAAUGACGGUCAGGACGUCAACCAAGAGAGGCAGAAGAAUGAGGGAUGCUUCAGAGCCUGGAUUGAGAAGUGGAUGGGGAGGAGGAAGGAGGAAAGACUGAGGGAUGAAGAUGUGAAUAGGGAAGACAAAGGGAGGAUGGGCGAAGAGGUGAGGGCACUGAUCCAAGUGAUGAAGAGAAACUGCAGUGAACGUGAUCUUGAGGCAGUAAACCUGGACACUUGGCUGAAUGACUUGGAAAGGUUGAAAGUGGCCUUCAAGAAAUGCACUGGAGAGAUGGCCAAAAUGAGCCCAGGGAAAGUCUCUGGUCCUGUGUCUGGCCUCUCUCCUCUUGUGACCUCAGGACCCCGGACCCUGGCUGAAGCCCUACGGGCCCUGCCCUCUGCUGUGGCCCGUCCCUCCCAAAAGGAUGUCCCAAAGCCUCCGACACCUCCAAGCCCCGUCUCUGUCAUUGUUGCUUUGCCUGCUGUGGAGUACUUACCAUACCACCGCAGCCCUCGCCUGGCCCCAAUCACCAACCUGAGUGAGAACGGCAGGAAGCUGCUCCAGAAAAUGUCAGGAGUGACCCCACAGGAAGGGAAGGUCAAAAGGAAAAAGAGCAAGGGAAAAAAGCAAGUGAAGAAAGAGAAGGCCAGCAAGAUGCAGCAGGUGGAAAAUGUUGGAGAAAGUAAGGAGGACAAGAAAGAGGAAAAGAAGAGUCUGAGGAAGAGGUUUCUCCAGUGGCUGCUGCCCAAACUGAGAUGUUCGAAGAAAUAAUGGCCUACUACUACAACACACACACACACACACACUCGAACUUCAGAGCUAUAGCGGCUUAUAACCACACUGACAUAAUAAAAUGUAAAAUAAACGUUA